AUGUCUUCCAACAUCCAGGACAACGCGCAGAAUGCUGCUGUCGCCACCGGAAGUGACACAGACUCUGUCUCCUCUCUGUCCUCUCAUGUUGCAGACAUGCACCUCGGUGGAUCGUCCUCCCCUGCUAAACAGUCUAGCAUUGCCUCCGAUGAGGAGGGAGACAUCACCAUCAUCAAGGAUACCAGCGUUGCUGGGGAAGCCGAGGACGAGGAGGGCCAGGUGCCCUUCUAUGACAAGUUUGGAGCGCCUGUCAACGAGGACACGCUUCCCGAGAACUUCGCCAGCUGGCCUGAGUACCUGCUCUUCUGCAAGCAGGGACCUAAGCUCAAGAUCCGGCUGGCAGUGUGCGACGAGAUGGGCGAGGCGGUUUGCCACCGCAAGAUCGAUUACUCGAAAAAGAUGCUGUGCGACCACAGCGACUACUUCAGGCGCCUUUACCGAACUGGCCUCGGAAUGCGCGAGUUCUCGGUCGGCUACCUCGACCUCGACGACGUCAACGUCGUUCAUUUCGAGCGUCUAGUCAUGCUCAUCUCCUCCGGCCACCCAGAGGCCCCCCACAACAUUGGCCCAUCUUGGACGACGCUCUCAGACCUCCUGCAGUGCUCGUUCCUCUGUGACCGAUUGGCUAUGGACAGGAUUGGUGGCUGGAUCAAGAAGAUGAUGAACGACUACAUGCAGGAGAUGGGCAACUGGUCGGCGAGAUAUCACCACGACGUGAUCGCCCACCCCAACGCAGGACUCGAGGAGAAGCACAGGGACAGAGUCUUAGACGUCGCGGAUGCGUACCAGAACAGCGUCCGGUACGAGGAUGAGAAGCUGCCAGUCCAGAGCCACCGCUACGUCAGCUUCCUGAUCACGGCGUGCCCUCGCGUACUGCUGGCGGAGAUGGUCGACGAGUUCCCGCCUCAGUUGAUCGUCGCAUUGACUAAAGAGAUGCUGGUGCCCACAAUUUAG